AUGCCUUCGGCACGGCGGGUGCGCCUGCUCCUCGUAGGCGUCAUCGCCAUCGUAGUAAUGACCUUGGUCUACACCUCUCAGCUACGGCAGUCGCAAAGCCCAGACGUGAGGACAUUCGGGGACUUUUACGACCGGACCAAGAGUGAGCUGGAACGAGCGCGCGGCGGCCAAAAGAAGCAGCAGUCGGUCCUCGAUUCCAAGCCUGGGAGCGAUAAAGACGACGAUGCCCAGCUGGCCAAGGAAAUGUCAGACCGGCUUAAGGCUGCUGAACAGAAAGCAAAGGACUCGGCCAAUGCAAAGGCACCAAAGCCUGAUGCACCCGACAAGGUCAUCGGCGUGGGCAAUUCGGCUGCCGGACAGGACACGUCGAAAGACAAGGCCGGCAAUCAGCUCACAGAGAAGGAAACUGACGAGGACCACGAGGUCGAGACCACCAUCAACGAGAUACUCAAAAAGUCACCAGUCAUAAUCUUCUCCAAGACCUACUGCCAGUUUUCCAAGAAGGCAAAGGCCCUUCUCCUUAACAAGUAUUCCAUCACGCCCGAGCCCUACGUUGUCGAGCUGGAUGUGCAUCAGCUCGGCAGGCAGAUACAGGACAGGUUAGCAAAGAUGACGGGCCGGAAGACGGUGCCAAACAUCAUGAUCAAUGGCAAGAGCAUUGGAGGCUCCGACGAUAUCGCAGAGUUGGAUAAUGGCGGCGAAUUGGCUGAGAAGAUUCGAUCGCUUGGGAGCGUGGGCGGCAAGACCGUCGAGGUAAAGGAGCGAAACUGA